UUGUCUUGUCUUUUCAGGAUAAAGGCAAGGAGAAGAGCUCUCGCUUGGACACGCUGCGACACUCGCUGGCUGGAAUGAUCCGCUCGCCUAAAGCCAUGUUGGGCUCGUCGUCCUCGCAGUUCUUUGACGUCAUUCCAUCGUCGGAGCGCCCUCUGGCAGACCAGGAGUGGUACCACGGUGCCAUCCCUCGCACGGAAGCUCAAGAGCUACUUCGGCAGCAGGGUGACUUCCUGGUGAGGGAGAGUCACGGCAAACCGGGCGAAUACGUCCUUUCCGUGUUCUCGGACGAGCAGCGGCGACACUUCAUCAUCCAGUUUGCCGAC